UUGAUGCGCCUCUCUCUCCCCAAACCGCAAGCCUUCUUCCUCCGAUCGAACUCCACCGCCUCGACCCCCAACUCUAACUCCAAAUGGCUUCUCCUCUCCCGCUCCAUCUCGUGCCCCAACCACCUCGACCAGUUUCUCUCUCACGCCAUCGUCACUGGCCUUCUCCAAAGCUCCCAUCUUUACAUCUGGAAUUCCCUCCUUCAUUCCCUCGCUCGUGGUCCGUCCCCCGACCUCUCCAUAUCUCUCUUCGACUUCAUUCGUAGAGAAGGCAUCGCUCCUGAUAACUACACCUUCACUGCCGCCCUCAAAGCCAUUGCCCGCCUCUCCCUCCCCAGAAGCGGGGAAGAGAUCCAUUCCUUGAGCCUGAAGCUUGGGUUCGAAUCUGAUACCUUUGUGCAGAACUCUCUCAUCCAUGUGUACUCCGCUUCUGGCUCCGUGGGCACCGCAAGAAAGGUUUUUGAUUUGGCCUCUGCUUCCGUCGUUGAUGUGGUUUCUUGGAACAGCAUGAUAUCGGGUUAUCUGCAGGGCAAUUUAUGCGAAGAAGCUUUAGGGGUUUUUGGUAGAAUGGUAGAGAAAUCUAUUAGGAUGGAUAAGAUUACUGCAGUGAGCUCGCUGAUUGCUUGUGGGAGAAUCGGGGCACUCGAUCUUGGUAGGAGGAUUCACGCAUUGGUUGUGGUGAAUGGUUUUGUUAUGGAUUUCUAUCUGUGCUCUUCUUUGGUUUGCAUGUAUGCAAAAUGUGGGUUAGUAGGGCAUGCUCGAAAACUGUUUGAUGGAAUGCCUGAUAGGAAUGUGGUCUGCUGGACUUCAAUGAUUUCCGGGUAUGCCCAAUCAGGUCGAUUUAGAGAAGCAGUAGAGCUCUUUAGGGAAAUGCAAGUUGCUGGUGUGAGAGCUGAUGAUGCCACGGUUGCAUCUGUUGUUUCUUCAUGUGCACAGUUGGGUGCACUGGAUCAAGGUAAGUAUAUUCAUGCAUAUUGUGAUGCUAAUGGCAUAGGACAGGAUAUUUCAGUGAAGAAUGCUUGGAUUGAUAUGUACUCAAAGUGUGGGGACAUUAAGAAAGCUCUACAGAUAUUUUGGGGAUUGGUCAGGCGGGAUAUCUUUUCAUGGACAGCGAUGAUAUCUGGGCUGGCUAUGAAUGGAUACUCUAGUGAGGCAUUGGAUUUGUUCUCACAAAUGGAGGACAUGAGUGAAGUACUGCCAAAUGAAGUAACUUUUCUUGGUGUUUUGUCUGCUUGUAGUCAUGGAGGCUUGGUUGAAAAAGGAUUCCACUACUUUGAACACAUGAUCAGAGCGUAUAAGCUUACACCUAAAAUAGAGCACUAUGGGUGUAUGGUGGAUCUUUUGGGGCGUGCAAAGCUUUUGGUAGAGGUGAAGAAAUUUAUCGAAGAGAUGCCUGUUGAACCUGAUGUGGUUAUUUGGCGGUCACUGCUUUUUGCAUGUAGGAUUAAUGGGCAUGUCAAAUUGGCAGAAUAUGCAGCUGAAAGAAUUAUGGAAUUAGAGCCAAAGAAAUGUGGUGGGCAUGUCUUACUUUCUAAUGUAUAUGCUGUGGCAUCCAGGUGGAGUGAUGUGAAUAGGGUGAGGAGAGUUAUGUAUGUCCAAAGCAUACAAAAGCAACCUGGAUGUUCCUUCAUAGAAAUAAAUGGUAAUGUGCAUGAAUUCUUUGCCAAGGAUACAUCACAUCCUGAAACAGAAGUUAUACAUGGGGUCCUUCUUUGGAUUAAUAAACAUCUAUUGUCGGAAACAUACACCAUACAUUCACCAGGUUCAUUCUAUAAUUCAACACAGAAAGAUAAUGAAUUGAACCAAAGGCAAGAGGUACGCCUCUAUGAUCCAUGACCUAUUUCGUGGUUCAAUUUUUGGUUUCAAAUUAUUGAUUGUCAAGCUCCAGCAUGUUUUGUAUUGUCUCAGAUAGAUUGAUUCUAUGAGGCAUUGGAAAUUAAAUUAGAUGUAGCAGCUUCCACAGUCUGGUUUUAUGAUUACGUUGCCAACUUGGAGAAUGACAUCUUGAAUAGUGGAUUUCGAGAAUGACAACCAUCAUCCUUGUCAACUUACAAAUGCAGCAA